ACAGUCAGCAGGCUUCAGAUUCGCAACGCCAGUGUUUCCGUCAUGUACAAGUGUUCUGCUGAAAACAAAGUCGGCAAAGAUGAGCGGCUGAUCUACUUCUAUGUAACCACCAUCCCCGAGGGGUUCAGUGUGGACGUUCAGCCCUCUGAGAAUCCCCUGGAGCAGGAGAAAGUGUCCCUGUGCUGCAGCGCAGACAAUUAUACGUACGAGCAGCUGCAGUGGUACCGCCUCGACCCCCAGGCUCUGCAGGACGAGCAGGGAAAGCCCCAGGAGCUGGACUGCAGGAGCGUGCACCUCUACGCAGCCACUCUUGAUGGCCAGCUCUUCUUCCAGGAGCCAUCCAACAGCUGGGUCCUGGACUUCACCAUCCCCUCCGUACAGCUUCAGGAUGAGGGUCAUUAUGUGUGUGAGGCUCAGAGCAGGCGGAGUGGGGACAAACAGUGCCUGUUCAGAUACAUCUCUGUCAAAGCCCCGGAGGUGCCGCGGUACAAGCGCAGCCUCACCAACCAGACAGUGAAUGUGACUGAGUCUCUGCGGUUGGAGUGCGUCGUGGAGGGCAGGCCUCUGCCCCGCCUCUCCUGGUUCAAAGACAACCAGCCUCUCCACCAAAUGUCAGGUAUCCAGCUGCAGGAUUCAAACCGCACGCUGAGUAUCCAGCGGGUCAGAGAGGAGGACGCCGGCCUUUACACCUGCACCGCCUGCAACCAGCGUGGUUGUGUCCACUCCUCAGCCGCCGUCCGUGUCAUCGGUUCAAGUGACAAGGCCAAUGUGGAGAUUGUAAUCCUCAUCGGGACUGGAGUCCUUGCUGUUUUCUUCUGGGCUUUGCUCAUCCUCAUCUUCUGCAAUGUGAAGCGGGUUAACCCGGCAGACAUGAAGACAGGCUAUCUGUCGAUCAUUAUGGACCCGGGGGAGGUGCCUCUGGACAAGCAGUGCGAAUACCUGCCCUACGACUCCUUGCAGUGGGAGAUCUCCAGAGACAGACUCCGAUUGGGGAAGGUUUUAGGUCACGGCGCCUUUGGUAAAGUAAUUGAAGCAUCAAUCUUCGGCAUCAGUAAGAGCAACAGUUUGGACACAGUGGCUGUCAAGAUGCUGAAAGAUGGAGCCACAGCCAGUGAGCAUAAGGCCUUGAUGUCAGAGUUAAAGAUACUGAUUCACAUUGGUAACCAUCUGAAUGUUGUGAACCUGGUAGGCGCCUGCACCAAACCAAAUGGUCCACUGAUGGUGAUAGUGGAAUACUGCAAGUAUGGGAACCUGUCCAACUUUCUACGAGCCAAGAGAGAGUUCUUCCUCCCAUACAGGGAUCGAUCUCCUAAAACUCAGAGCCAGGUGAGACGCAUGAUCGAGGCAGGUCAAAUGGAUCAAAGAGCUCGCCACCCACCUUCUCCAUCCUCCUCCUCGCUCAGCAGUCCUCAGAGUCCACCAUCAAACGUGCCCGUUCAGAAUCCUGCUGUGGAGAAAAUGGAAGACUUGUGGAAAACUCCUCUGACGAUAGAAGAUCUAAUUUGCUACAGUUUCCAGGUGGCUCGUGGGAUGGAGUUUCUGGCCUCCAGAAAGUGUAUCCACAGAGACCUGGCAGCCCGGAACAUUCUCCUGUCAGAGAACAACAUUGUGAAGAUCUGUGACUUUGGCCUGGCCAGAGACAUAUACAAAGACCCCGACUACGUCAGGAAAGGCAAUGCUCGUCUGCCCCUGAAGUGGAUGGCUCCAGAGAGUAUCUUUGACAAAGUGUACACCAGCCAGAGCGACGUGUGGUCUUUUGGAGUUCUCCUCUGGGAAAUCUUUUCACUGGGCGCGUCUCCGUACCCAGGAGUACAGAUUGACGAAGACUUUUGCAAACGACUGAAAGAUGGCGUCAGGAUGAGGUCACCAGAGACUGCCUCCCCUGAAAUAUAUGGCAUCAUGCUGGCCUGCUGGCAGGGUGAGCCCAAAGAGAGGCCGACGUUCCCUGCCCUGGUGCAGAUCCUGGGAGACCUGCUCCAGGACAACGGCCUACCUGACGGGAAGGACCACGUCCCCCUGAACCACUCGCAGAGCUCAGAGGAUGAUGGUUUCUCACAGGCCUCAUCGCGGCCUCCAUCUGAAGAGGAGCUGAGACUGGCCUGCAACACUCUGCCCACAAGGUAUUAUAACUGCGUGCCCUUUGCCGGCUGUGUCUUUGUGGGACCCUCCAAAAUGUGCAAGCCCAGAGUGAAGACAUUUGAAGAGUUGCCCCUGGAGAUGCACCCACAGAAAUCUCCUCAAGACAACCAGACAGACAGCGGGAUGGUUCUGGCCUCCGAAGAAUUUGAGAGAAUUGAACACAAGCACAGGGGUGCCGUCUCAAAAAGUCGUAUAAGCAGCAGCAGCAGCACAGAGCCUCUGACAGCUUCCCAUGGUUCCUUGGGUCGAAGCAGUGGCGCUGGAAGCUCCAGGCACCGUCCCAACUUCUUCAGCCAGCUUUCAGGACAGACCUUCUACAACAACGAGUACGGACACCUGUCCGAGGAAGGCUUCUGCGACUUCUUCUCCUCGCCCGACACCCCCUGCCUGGCCUCCUCUAAUGUGUAAACUUACCAAAGAUGCAGCCUGAGAGGAUGAAAAGGGUUAAAAAAAUAAAUAAAUAAAUAAAUAAAUAGUGGGCAGCUCAGGUCAAAGGAGGUGUGUAGGCUUUAGUAACAUCCCAGUAUUGACAUGUAGCUAGUCAUUUAUUAAUGAAGAUAAGGUUAUGGAUCCUUAUGACUGGAGCUGACCUCUACUCAUCUCAAACUCCCUCCUCUCAGGCUGCUGCCUCAACAAAACAGACUGAGCUACAUGUGCCUGAAGUUCCUCUAAUAAGCCACUGGGUGGCAGCAUUAUGACAAACAAACCCUAAGUAUUGUCUAUUCACACAUUUAUAUUUUUAUCUUUUAUAUACAGAGUACAAAUUAUGACUCAUAUAGGAAGAAAUAAAGAAAUUUAUCUUCUU